GCCCAUUCUCAUCCAUCCUCCACCACCACUUCGCCUUGAUCAUUCUAAUCACCACCGUCGUCGUCGUCGUCGUCGUCAACCACCAUGGUUCUGUCGAAGACCACCUCCCACACCGACGCCUCCGUCCAGUCCUCCACCUUCGCCUCCCGAUAUGUCCGCACCUCUCUCCCCCGGUUUCAGAUGGGGAAGGAAUCGAUCCCGAAGGAGGCGGCGUACCAGAUAAUCAACGACGAGCUGAUGCUGGACGGAAACCCGAGGCUGAACCUCGCCUCAUUCGUGACCACGUGGAUGGAGCCCGAGUGCGACAAGCUCAUCAUGGCCUCCAUCAACAAGAACUACGUCGACAUGGACGAAUACCCCGUCACCACCGANCCCCCCACACCCCACUCCUCCCUCGUUUCGUUUCCUUCUCAAUCUUUGUUUAGGCGUAGACUGAAUUCUAAUUAUGGAAUUGGAAUUGAGGACUUCAAUUCCAAUUCUGCGCAUCUGUUCAACGCGCCGCUGGGGGAAGGGGAGGCCGCCGUGGGAGUAGGGACGGUGGGGUCGUCGGAAGCCAUAAUGCUCGCCGGAUUAGCUUUCAAGAGGAAAUGGCAGAACAAGAUGAAAGCCCAGGGAAAGCCCACCGACAGGCCCAACAUUGUCACCGGUGCCAACGUUCAGGUAUGUUGGGAGAAAUUUGCGAGGUACUUUGAGGUGGAGCUGAAGGAGGUGAAGCUGAGGGACGGGUACUACGUGAUGGACCCGGAGAAGGCGGUGGAGAUGGUGGACGAGAACACCAUCUGCGUGGCGGCCAUCCUGGGGUCCACCCUCAACGGCGAGUUCGAGGACGUCAAGCGCCUCAACGACCUGCUGGCGGACAGGAACCGGGAGACGGGGUGGGAGACGCCCAUCCACGUGGACGCCGCCAGCGGCGGCUUCAUCGCGCCGUUCAUCUACCCGGAGCUGGAGUGGGACUUCCGGCUGCCGCUGGUGAAGAGCAUCAACGUCAGCGGGCACAAGUACGGGCUGGUUUACGCCGGGAUCGGCUGGGUCAUCUGGAGGAGCAAGGAGGACUUGCCUGAUGAGCUCAUCUUCCACAUCAAUUAUCUCGGUGCUGAUCAACCCACUUUCACUCUCAACUUCUCCAAAGGUUCAAGCCAAGUAAUUGCCCAAUACUACCAACUAAUUCGAUUGGGUUUUGAGGGCUACAAAAACAUAAUGGAGAACUGCCAAGAGAAUGCAAUAGUGUUGAGGGAAGGGCUGGAGAGCACAGGUAAGUUCAACAUAGUGUCAAAGGACAAGGGGGUCCCCCUGGUGGCCUUCUCCCUGAAGGACAACAGCCGCCACACGGAGUUCGAGAUCUCCGACGUCCUCCGCCGCUACGGCUGGAUCGUCCCCGCCUACACCAUGCCGCCCAACGCCGAGCACGUCACCGUCCUCCGAGUCGUCGUCCGCGAGGACUUCUCCCGCACCCUCGCCGAGCGCCUCGUCAAGGACGUCCAGAAGGUCUUGGAGGAGCUCGACUCCCUCCCCGCCAAGGUCGGCGCCCGGCUGGCGGCGGCCGCCGAGGAGACGCCCGGCGUCGACGUCGCGGUGCAGAAGAAGAGCGAGCGCGAGGUCACGCUCGAGAUCACCACGGCGUGGAAGAAGUUCGUUGCUGAUAAGAAGGUCAAGACUAACGGCGUCUGUUAACGUUACAUGUGCGCUAUAAUAUAUGGGACGAUCUUAAUAAAAAAACGAACUUAAUUAUGGAGUAGUUUGCAAGGGAGAACCCUUAAUUAGCAUGUGGUUCAUCCUUGCUUAUAAUAUAUGGACGCUUAUUCUCACCAAAUGCUCUUGAUUUAUAUAUAUACUCUUGAUUUAUGAAGACCCUUUUAUAUUAUCUCUAUACUUUUAUAAUGUAAGUCUUCCAUAUAUGGAAUAAAGGACACACAAUAUC